UUUCCCUUUCUCAAUGCGGAAGUUGUGUUGUGAUUAUAGUAGUUGGUCAAAAUAUUCAUGAUUGACUAAUGAUAAAAUGUCAGACAGAAACCGACAAGUUUUAAAUGAACUCUUAAAGAAACCUGGAAAUAGUUAUUGUGCUGACUGUAAAUCCGAAGAAAAUGUAGUAUGGGCAUCAUGCAAUCUAGGUAUAUUCUUGUGUCAGGACUGUGCUGGUAUUCACAGAAGUCUAGGGGUAGACACCAGUCGAGUGAAAUCUAUCAAGUUAGACAACUGGGAUGAUGAUCAAGUCAUGAAAAUGUCAGAAUUGGGAAAUGAUGUGGUGAACAUGAAGUAUGAACAGCAUUUACCAAAGUAUUACAAGCGUCCAACAAAAACCGAUGUUGAGAUAUUAAGGUGGCAGUUUAUACGAGCUAAAUAUGAGCGUAAGGAAUUUGUAUACCCGGACAAACAAUCGCCUUAUAGCUCCAACACUAAAGAAGGCAAUCUAAUGAAGAAAGGCAAACAUGAUAAAAAAUACAACCAAAGGAGAUUUAUUAUCAAUUCCAAAGAUAACUGUCUACAGUAUUUCAAUAAAGAAGGGCCAAAGGGACCAAAAGACACAGUACCAUUAGAUGAUGUAAAUGUAGUAUUUGUACCAGAUAAGAUUGGCAACCCCAAUGGUUUCCAGGCUUCUUAUUUGAAAAAUGGAACUACAAGAAAUCUCUUCCUCUACUGUGAGGAUUCUAAGGAAGCAGUAGAUUGGUUUACAGCAAUACGAUGUGCCAAGUUAGAGAGACGACGAUUAGCAUUCCCUGAUAGAAAUGAAGAUGAGUUGUGCAAAGAAUUGACCUCAAACUUUCUGUGUGAAGGGUAUUUAUCAAAGAGAGGACCAAGAAAUGAACCAUAUAGAAAACGAUGGUUUACUCUGGACAGAAGGAAACUCAUGUACUUUGCAGAGCCUCUUUCACCCACACCAAAAGGUGAAGUAUACAUUGGUCAUAAAGAUGCGGGUUAUUAUGUUGGCAAUAGUACAAAGAGCAAUUCAGAUACUCUGGAAUUUUUUUUAAAAACGCCAGAGCGAGGGUAUGAACUUAAAGCAGAAAGCAUAGAAGAUAAAGAACUAUGGAUCGUUGCACUGACCACUGUGAUAAACAACCCACCCACUCCACAAGAUAUUAAAAUGAAGUACUUUCUCAUGUUCCUCCAUCAGAAGAGCCUGGUCACAAAUGACUAACAGAUUUGGUGUAUACAAUGAUGAACAGAAAGUGAAGGAAAAGGACUUAUACCUGUUUGCAAGAUGAUACACAUGAACAACUUGCCAAAUAUUAACUACCUGUAGUGCUGAUGAUUGAAUGUUGGACUGUAUUUCUUGAACAAAAGGACUAUUAAGACUCAAGGUCAUGAAAACUGGUUUUGAGACCAGUCCCAAAACUCUUGCGUUUGAUUGGUUGUUUCUUUAGCAUAAUUUUGAAUUUGACCAAUGACAAUAUUGCAUCGUCAGACUGGUAUCCAGAUUUAGUUUUAUUACCUGGGAACGAGUCUCUAUAUUUUAGUCAUCAUUACAUCCCGAUGACUUCCAAGUUUGUAACUUUUUUUUCUUUUUUGUUAUUCCUAUGUGUAUUUUAGAAUGUUUCGCAGUGAAGAAGAAAAUCUUGAAGCAUUUUAAUGUUGAUUUUACUUAGAGAAUAUCUGUGGGCUGAAUGCUAGUGACAGCUAUAUCAUGGGCAGAGUGAUUAUAUAUAUGAGGUGCUACAUUUUAGAUAUUUAAAACAAACUCAGUUUUUGAAAAUAUCAGUUUGAACAGUAAAACGCAAAGUAUGUUUGUUUAGUAAAAGGUUUGACUGAUAGAAAUAUUAUAUAAUUAGAUUUAGGCAAAGCUGCUAAUGUAAUCUAUUUUGGAUAUAUAUACACAUUCAGUCCUAUUGGAAACAUUCAGUUUAUUACUAAGUUUUAAUUAAUCUUUACCCUGCUAAAUUUGUGAAAUGGACUGGUCCAUGAUUCAAUAUAGGCAGUACCACUUAUUUUUCAAAGGGAUGUUUCCUUAAAAUUUACUGACUGAAUAGCGAACAGUGCAGACCAUGAUCAGACUGCAUGGAUGUGCAGGCUGAUCUUGGACUGCACUGGUUGGAAAGGCAGAAUCACUUGCCGCCAGCAGGUUAAAGAUUAAAAUCUCUAGGGCAGAAAAUUUUCCAGUCUGCAAAUUUUGGAAUAUCCCAUCAAGAAACAUAUUGUGGAAAGAACAUGAUGAGCCAGUUGUCCAGAAUCAUCAUUGAAAAUAAAGGGUGAAUGUAGCUUUUCCAAAUACAAAAGACUCAAAAUUAAUGCAAGGGAAAGAAUUCUGAAUUUCUGUAUAAAGACAUGUUUAAGGGUGUAUUGUUAUUGUUAAUGCAUUGGCAUGAGAUUACUAAUUAUGUCUCCCACCACACAGUGGUGUGGGAGACAUACUGAUUUACUCCUGUCUGUGUGUGUGUCUGUGACAGAUCCUGUCCGCACUCUAAGUCGAACAUUUCUCAUCCGAUCUUCACCAAACUUGAACAAAAUGUGUUUGACCAUAAGUCCUCGGCCAAGUUCCAUAACUAGCCAAAUCGGCCAAGGCACUUCAGAAUUGUGGCCCUUGAACAUAAUUACCAACACUACUGAUACAGCAUUGUAGACUGGUUACUCAAACAGUAUACAAAGACAGACUUACUACUCGGAUGCUUAGGCAGUUGUGGGAGACAAGCACUUUCCUCAAAAGCACCUCUAGUUUCUUGUUUGUUGUAUAUUUGCUCUUCCAUGUUUGAAAUCAAAUAAAUUAUCUCAUUAAGAAAAAAAGUUUAAAGGUCAAAAUUAGGUUUAUAAUACAUUCCUGUUAACUUUCUGUUUCGUAUGUGUGCCAUAGUUUUAAGCUUCUUUUAUGGGGCUGGAUUGCCGUUGAUUCUUGUUUUGAAUUGGUUAGUAUUUUCAGUGUGUAUUAAAUAAUAAGGUAGGACUAACAUUUUCAGCUUUAUCUAACUUUGAUAGUUACUAGUCUUUAUAGUUCUUACAAUUAAAGAUUAACUUGCAUGGUAAAUACUAGCUUAUAUUGCUUCAUUGAAGGUGAAAUUGAAAUAAUUCUUGUCACAACUAACAUAUGCAAAUUCUGUCAUUGUUUCUCAACUAAACAAUGAGCAAGAUGAUUUUAUGUUGACUUGACUACUCAUAAUUAUAUUGUUUAUAUGUAAACAUUUUAUAUCUCUGUACAUGUAUCUCAGUAUUGUUUGUGUAAAACAGCAUCAUGAUUAAAUGCAAUUUUAUUGUUUCAAAGACACAAAAAUCACUACAGUAAUAUGUUAAUAAACUUAAGUUACUUAACUCCAUUUUUUAGUUACCAUAAACUAAUUUGUAAUUUAUAUCUUUUGUCAAAAUAAAUUUUUAUUCAUAUUUUUGUAUACUUUUUGCAUAAUACAUUCCUCUGUACAUAGAUGAACAUGUGUAAUUCUGGUAUCAUAUUUUUAGCUCACCUGAGCUAAAGGCUCAGGGUGAGCUAUUGUGAUCGCCCGGCGUCCGUCAACACUUUCCUUUAAACAACAUCUUCUCCUAAACCACCAGGCCAAUUUUGAUGAAACUUCACAGGGAUGUUCCUUGGAUGGUCUUCUUUAAAAAAUUGUUAAAAAAAAUUAAUUCUGUACCGAACUCUGGUUGCCAUGGCAACCGAAAGGAAAAACUUAAAAAAUUUCUUGUCCAAAACCACAAGGCCCAGGGCUUUAAUAUUUGGUAUGUAGCAUCAUAUAGUGGUCCUCUACCAAGAUGGUUCAAAUUAUCCCCCUAGGGUCAAAUAUGGCCCCGCCCCGGGGGUCACAUGUUUUAUAUAGACUUAUAUAGGAAAAAACUUUAAAAAAACACAAGACCCAGGCCUUUUAUAUUUGAUAUGUAAGCAUUGCCUUGUGGUCCUCUACUAAGAUUAUUCAAAUUAUGCCCCUAGGAUAAAAAGAGGCCCCGCCCCGGGGGUAUCAAGUUUUACAUAAACUUAUAUAGGAAAAACUUCAAAAAUCUUUUUGUCUGAAACUGCAAGGCCUAGCUAGGCUUUUGAUAUUUGGUAUGUAGCAUUGCCUAGUGGUCCUCUAUCAUAAUUAUUAAGUUAUGCCCCAGGGAUGAAAAGAGGCCCUACCCCAAGUUUUACAUAGACUUAUAUCUAAAGGAAUUUUUUUUAAAAAAUCUUCUUGUCUGGAAGUUCAAGGCUUAAGCCUUUGAUAUUUGGUAUGUAGCAUUACCUAAUGGUUCUCUAACAAGAUUGUUCAAAUUAUGCCCCUGGGGUGAAAAGAGGCCCUUCCCCAGGGGUCACUUAAAUAUGAGUUAUUUAGGAAAAAAUACUUCAAAAAUUAUCUGAUCAUAUUUCCUAGACUGUUUGAGUACAAUUACCUAAUGACCCCAAUUAAUUAGGGGUCACUUGACUGUGACCUUGACCUACUGACCUACUUUUUUGUUUUUUAAGAAACAGCCUUGAAAUUUGGAUGACAUUACACAGUUUUGCACACCGAUCUUAACAGCAUAGAACUUUGGACCACAUCAGUAACUUUGAAUAAAGAUUUCAAUACUCAUCUUUAAUGUUCUUAGCCCUGACCUACUGACCUACUGUUUUGUUUUUGAAGCUACAGCAAAAAGAUUUGGACCACAUGUAUAAUGUUUGAUACAGAUUUCAAUACUGAUCUUGAAUAUUCUGAAUUGUGACCUACUGAACUAAUUUUUCAUUUUUGAAGUUACAGUAUAGAAAUUUGGACCACAUGUAGAACUUUUGAUACAGAUUUCAAUACUCAUCUUAAAUAUUACUAACCCUGACCUACUGACCUACUUUCUUGUAUUUGAAGCUAAAGCAAAGAGAUUUGGACCACAUGUAUAAUUUUUUAACAGGUUUCAGUACUUAUCUUGAAGAAUCUUUACCAUGACCUUCUCAUUUUUGUUUUUGAAGCUUUAGCAAAGAAAUUUGUUCAAGCAAGCAAUUAAACUCAGGUAAGCGAUAUAGGGCCAUCAUGGCCCUCUUGUUUUUAUAACAUUUUAACAUAUUUAAGAAAAUUAUUUAGCUAUUUUUCAUUCCUGUGUUAUUAUAUAAUUUUAUAUUUGUGCUAAAUUGAACAAAACUAUUUAUUUCAUCUACUGGCUAGGAACCAGUAACCGUACAAGACCAGUUUCUGGAUAAGUGUAAUAACAACUUCAUUUUGACAUUAUUGUUCGGAUGUUGUUUUUGUUUCACAUGUCUAGGAGGAAAACGUUUACUGCAAGUCAGUAGAAAUUCAUAAUGAUGGUUGUCUCACCUGUGUCUAAAAACAUUAUUUCAGUACAUGGAGAUUACAUUGUGCAUGUGCAACCUUUUUAACUGGUUGAGAUACCAAGUCCAAAUAGAAAUAAUUUACCUGUAUAUUUCAUUCAGUGAUGACAUUGUUGAUUUUAAUUCAAUGAUACAAAUUUCUAUGAAUGCAAGGCUGUAAAUGGCUAUUCAGAUUCAUGUCAGACAAAAUUCUGUUUAUAGUAAGGUGUUUUGUACUGCUUUUGUUGGUGGUUUUUACUAUCGAGUUCCCUUUAAUAUGCAAUUUUUGGAGAGACUAAAGUUACAGAAGCCUAAAAAUAUAUAUCGGUUACUGGUUUUUAUAUCAUAUUUACUGUCAGUCAUUCUAUUAAAAAGCAUUUGUUCGGCAGCGAGUUUUCUAGCCAGUAAAAUUUACUACUUUUUAUGAUCCCAUUUGGGCACAUGGAAACAAACAAUUUACAUCACUAAUACUAGGUGAUACUGGUUAUUUAUUCAGAUGAGUACUGAAAGAAAAACAUUAAAUUCUGUCUGGCUACUGGUUCCUAGUUGGUAUAGUAUGCAUUUAUCUUUAAUAAAAAAUAUCGUAUUGAAAGAAUUUAUCAUAUUUUUAAAAUUAAUAUAUUUAUCAUAUUUAAAAAAAUAAAUUUACAAUUGAUUGCAACUCCCAAGAUACAUUGAUGUUGCCUGGUAAAAGGUUUCUGUGAGAUAUUUUGCAGCUGGGAUGCUCUUAGUAAAAUAUACUGUGCAGAUCAAGCAAUUAAUUAACUAUUUACAUCUCUUGUUUUCAAUCUUAAUAAUUUUGUUUUUUUAGACUUUUACAAAAAACUAUUUAUUGAAUAAUUUCAUAUUGUUCCUUUGACUUAAUAAAUCUUAGUCUUCCAGCUUGCAACUUGUUUUGAUGAAGAACACUUACAUUUGUUAUAUAUAACUCAUACAUACUACUUGAAACUUUAGUAUUUAUAGACAUUUUGCACUUGGGGAAGGGGACCAAUGGCCAAUUACUUAUCCCUCGAAAAUUUCCCAUUAUGACAUGAUUGAUAAGUUAAUGAAACAGUUGACAACACUUUUUGUAUCAAGAUAAAGUUUCUAAGCCCGUAUUCAUCAACGUUUGAAGGCUGAAACAACUUAGACUUAAAUAGCAGAUUUUAUAAAAAAGAUACAGGCAUGAAAUUUAACCGAGCCAUAUGUAGCUAUAGAAUGAACUUACUUGUCAAGUUUCAUCACAGCUUACACAAACAAUGAAGAAAGAAAAUAUAGCAUUUUAAAGUACAAAUGUAUAGUUUCAGACUUACAGCUUUAAUGAAUAUGGACUACAAUAAAAGCAAUAAAAUUAGUAGACAAAAAUGUUUUGAAGUAAGAAAAGAAUAUAGAAUAAUGUUUGGUCGAGGUCAACCUGGGUUCUCAGAAAGCCAAAACAGUAGAUACCUAAAGUAUAUAACCGAGCAACAUUUUACAGUGGUACAUUGAAUCAUCAUGACUGAAAACAACAGGGUUAUUUAUCAUUUUCUGUUAGAAAUGUAUAACUUGCUUAUAAUAAUAGAAAAAUAGAAUGGUACCAUUUUUUUAAGAAAAGAAACAAUGGUUAGAAAAUAUUAUUAUGAUGCUUUCUGUAAUAAAACUUACUAAAUAUU